AUGUCAACGAGCUCUUCGUCAUCCUGCAGUACUUGCUCCACAAGCUCCUCAUCGUCGUCAGUCUCUUCCUCCACUACUACCACAACAACUACUAGUACUACUACCACCACCACCGCAACUACUACACAAGCUCCGCCUCCAAAUCAGCCACCCCAAAAGCCGCCUCCUGAACCACCUCACCAGCCUCCUCAGAAACCACCAGGGAAGCCCCCAGGUGAGGAUUGUGAUGAGUUUGGCAACCCCCGUGGCGGCAGCGGCAAAGCACAAGGUGGCGCGCAUGGUGGCGGCGACGGUGGUGGUCAAGGGGGUGGGCAAUAUGGCACGGGUCCCGGCGGUGCCGGUGGCAAUCGAGGAGGUGGACAGCAAGGCGGGCAGAGAGGUGGGCAUAAGAAGAGAGAUAUCGACUACAGUGGAGACAAUGUGGACGAGGAUGUGACCGGUGAUCAUGCAGGUGAGGCCUCCUAUGGCUACAGUAGGAAGGCGAAUGCUGAUUCUCAUAACGAGGACCGCGAUUAUUACAACCAGGGUGACUUGGAGAAGCGCAGCCCCCGGGGCGGAGGUGGUGGAGGCGCUCGCGGUGCGGGCGGCGGUGGCAGCCGUGGAGGACAAGCCAGCGGUGGUAUGGGUGGUGGUCGUGGAGGCGAUGAUGGCGGCCGCGGAGGUGGUCGUCUGGGUGCAGGUGCUCAAGGAGGUGCUGCUGGUAUGGGCGGUGAUUCUCGCAAAGGUGGAAAGAGCGGUGGUGGCGCUCGCGGAGAUGCAAAAGGACAUGCAAAGAGUGGUGGUGGUAGGGGCAGUGGCGGCGAUGGCGGCGGUGCGUCCGGUGGAUCCCCAGGCAGGGAUCAAGGAGGUCGAGGCGGCGGUCAAGGUGGUGGCAAAGCAAGCGGCGGUGGUGGGCAAGGCGGCGGACCACCAGCAGGCGGCUCAGGCGGUUCAGGCGGUUCAGGUCCACCAGCAGCUGGUGCGGGCGGCGCAGGAGAUGCAGCUGCUGUCGGCCCACCUCCCGCAGCAGGUGGUGCCGACGACGCAGGUAUGAUGAAAGCCAAGCGCUCGUGGCACCAGUACGCUCGCGACGCAUCGAAGCGAUGGGCCUACCCCGGUACUGCCUACAGAGGCUUCGGCAAUGUCGACUGGAAGCCCAAACCUGCUGACGGAUCGGCAGGUACGGGCUCCGGCUCCUCAUCAGCGAACACCCUCAGAAGCUCGAGCUCGGCACCAGGUAGUGCGCCUCCGCCGGCGGACGCCAACGCCAAUGCCAACGCCAACGCCAAAGCGCAGACUUCUCCUGUCAACAACAGCAAAUCCAGCCCAACUAAGGCUUCCUCCAGCGUACAAACCCCCACGGCCUCUCCAAAUUCAGGACCGGGAGCAGGAUCGGGAGCAACACCUCAAAAUCCCAUCUCAGGAAGUCUCCCGCCUGGUGCCAAAGCUGGCUCCGCGCCGCCCGGCACCGCCGGCAUAUAUGUAAAUCCCGACGACAUUCCCCCGGAUAUGCAGCAGGCGGCUAACUACGCGGGCUUCAAGCGCGAUGACAUGCUCAUCGGGUAUGCUGAUGUUGGCGCAGAUGGCAAUGAGGGUGGUGAGGACGAGGGCAUUGUCGUCUUCGAGUACGGCGCUGAUGGCGACGUGAACGCCGAUGACGAUGACGAUGACGUUGACGACGACGACGACGGUGCGGCGACAGCUCUGAACGGUGACGAUGAGGACCGGGCCAUGGCCACCCAGAGCGAGGACGACGAUGGAGUCCUCCUUGACAGGCGUGAGCAUCAGCCUGCGACACGGCUGAUGCGCUUAAGCUCAAGUGGCGCUACCACUCAUCACGAGGCGGGCGAUUGGAAGCGGCAGGUGGAGGAGCGGUUAGCGAAGAGGGGGAAGCGGGUGCAGAAGAGAGAGGCCUAG